UAAUAUCCGGACCCCAGUAAUUUUGAAGUUUUGUAAACGGACCUUUGGUGAAAAUAGUUGAGUAGCCCUGGUCUAGACUAUAAAAAUCAAAUAAUCUGUUCUGUAGUGCAACACAUAAAAUGCCUAAAAAGAAACAAGCUCCGAAAAAUGCAUUCAGUUUCUAUUUGGAUGACAUGAUUCCUGAAUUACGCCAAAAAGGAAUCAACAUCCGGGGAAAACAUGAAGCAGUACCUCAUGUUCAUCGGAUGUGGAAAGAAUUGACUCAAGCAGAAAAAUCUUCCUAUGAAGAAAGAGCUCGGCAGUGGAAAAUAACAAAGUCUGAGAGACCUUUCAGACCUGGACGCCUUGAUUGUACAGGUAAUCCUCUUGAGAAUCGGAUUGACAUGGACAAAAUGAUAUUAGAUCAAAGGAAAGAACAGAAAAAACUAUUGUUAGAUAAAUGGCAGUCAAUCCCAAAAGACCAAGUUUUAGAUGAACAUGUUUACAUCAUCUCUUUUCAAUCAUUUUUUGAGUUCCCAAAUGAGGAAGGAUAUCAACCAUGCGAAGUUUCAUGCGUUGAUUACACUUUACGUUCUGGUAUAAAACGAGAAUGGCAUGCUAUGAUUGAUCCUGGACCCAUAAAGAGGGGACUUGCUGCUGAAAGUAAAAUUUUUAGUGAGCGUACUCAUAACAUACCAGUUUUUGGAUUUGAUCUUGCUCGUAAUGAUUAUCUGAAGUUGUGGAGAGAUUUAUUAGAGUUCGUAAAUCAUGAUAAUUUGACGAGGAUAUAUCCACCUUUAUUUUCUAAAUUGUCGGAACUGAAGAAAAACCUGUUUUGUUUGGAUUAUUUAGCACAGGCCGCAGGAGUAUCAAAUCGCCUUUCAAAGGUUUAUCAGUGGGAAGGCUUGGCUUCAGCUUUGUACCAACAUGCCGGCAUUCAAUCUCCUUCAAUCAACAUUAUUGAGGACGGAUCAUCUACUACUAUGUAUGAUUAUGAAGCUAAUACAAAGUGUGAUUAUCAUGACGAAAUUGAAUGUGUUUACUGUUCUUUACUUACUGUGAAGAAGUGUUGUUUCUGGAUGAGUGAUGCUUUUUCUAAAAUUUUCAAUUAUGAAAUUACAGAACGCCACCUGCCAGUCCGACAAGCACCUGAGUAUACUAUCAUUAAUCCGGAGGAUAUACAUGUUGACGGUGUGACAAAGCGGCGAUUUAUGGGUGCAUCAUCUGCUCAAAGAUAUGAUUCUAAUCUGCCACUUAAUUUGCAAAAUAAUACACUAGCAGACAUCAGUAGAAUGAACUCUAGUAGUUUCAGCUCGGCGUUCGGAUCAAGAGAUAUUCGAUAUCGUCCCAAGUAUCAUUUAGUCGAGCCAAAAAUUUCAUUUGGCCGUGGUAUGGUCAUUCCUGGAAGACAGCCUCCAAUGAUGACAGAUGACAAUUUAUCAACAAUGUCAGUAACAGACACUAAUGAUGAUGUCAAUUCAAUGAUUUUAAGUGAUGUUGAAUCAGACACUACUUGCCAGGCUGAUGAUGAGAGUGAAUCAAUUUAUUCUCUGAGUAGAGCACCUAAAACUACGCCGUUUGUAGUUGAUGCAUUGAAAAACUACAGAAAUUUGAGUAUAAUGACAAAAAAUCCAGAAAGAAGCAGUACUGUUCAAGAUUUGGCUGCUUCUUCAAGCAAAUUGAAUGCUGGGAGUGUGCUUGCAAUAAACUUGACUAACGGUGCAAAUGAUAGUGAUUAUGAUACUUUUAAUCUGGCUGGUGUAGCGAAAGCACUAGACAAAUCCAAUAAUAAAAUGCAGGACAAACUUGAUGAAGAUUUCAGUGGAAUGCCUUCACUUCAUCCACAAAAUCACUUUACUCUAGAACAUAUGAGGAGAAGUGAUAGUAUUCGCAAUAUGAAAAACAGUAACAAGAAGUGGUAGCUUCAAUCACGGACGCAAUCAAUUAGAAAAAUUGAGUGGAGACCUUGCUUUAUCAGAAAUUGCAUUUGGUAGAGAAUUUCUUUCAUCAACUUCGUAACGUUUCUCAGCACAAACUCUGCCUAUCCAGUUAUGUUUUUCUUUGCCAUGCUCAGGAAUGGGAGCAGUUCUUUCAUAAGUAAAUCUGUGAUUAGAGCUUAAGCCAAAUAUCUGUCUGUGGUGGGUUAAGCAUAUUGGAGAUGUUGCAAAAUUCAAGGCUUGUGUGAUGGCCAGUAGUUUGCUAUUCUAAAUUACCUAAGUCUCGAUCCUUUUGAGUAUUAUGCAUGUACAGAGCCUCGUUGUGUAAGAAACACCCAAUUGUGUAAGAAACACCCAAAAAUGGUUUCGUUUUUAUUGUUUGGCAUCAAGCAUCAUUAAUUAGCACUCCUGGGUUUAAGUGUUCCCUUUCAAUGCAGUAUUGGGACGGGUUGAGCCAAGGGUGCUCUUUAGUGAUUUUUUUAGCAGAAUCAUGAAAAUUCCUGCUUUUAAUGCACUAGUGAGUGACCCUAUUUCAGACUCAUUUCUCACAUUUGUAUGUAUCAUUGUCAUUUAUUAAAGCAUUUCUUCUUGGGCACACUCUCAAAUAAAUUUCGUUUAUGAA